UUGAACUCAUGGACCAUGAGAUCAUGACCUGAGCUGAAGUUGGAUGCUCAACCAACUGAGCCACCCAGGCACCCCUCACAUACUCAGUCUUUCUACCUGUUGUUUUUGUAACCUGGUUAAGGCUGCUAUGCUUUUGGAGCCAUUCAGGUUUAGAAAGUCUAGAUAGUGUCAGUGGUUACCUCAAAUCAACCUUGGGAACCAGCAUAAGUUGUGCCUGUGAUAUUGCAGAAGUAUAAGCAAGCAAUGACCCAGGUCAAGUUAGUCUUGCUAAGUAAGCUAAAUUAAGCUUUAUUUAUAUGAGUCAAACUGAUUUUGUCCACCCAGGAAUUCUCAAGGCUGGUCUCUGUUUUUUAUUUUAGUAAUACUGUUUAAGUGCCUCCUAUGUGUCUGAUUUUUUAUAUACGGUAUUUCUAAUUCUCAUUAUUACCAUGUAAGAUAGAUUGUAUUCAUUUAUAGAUGAAGAGAAUAAAGACUCAGCAAGAUGAGGCUGCCCAUUAGGGAACUGCAAGAAUCAAUGCUUUAGUAAAUGUUUCAAUGCAGGUGAGAUGCUAAUGGCAACUAAAUCUUGCUCCCAUAUCUUAAAUCAUUUCAAAUCAGUAAAUAAUUAGCAUUGCUAUAUGAAGUACUCUCCAGAGAUAGCUGAAUAGGACAUCAUUCCUGACACCCCGAGGAGACUAUAAUUUCAGAGACAUUCUUGAUGUGCGUACUGGUUAUUGGUAUAAUCCAGAGUAGAAUUGUCAAACGGUAGAGAGCAGUGAUAGUCUGCAGCAGAACUUGACAAACUAUAACCCUGGGACCAUAUCUAACCUACUGCUGUUUUUGGUAAGUGAAGUUUUCCUGGAAUACAGCUACACUCAUUUGUUUCUACAUUUUCAGUGGCCGAUUAAUUUCCUGCUGCUGGAUAGAGUUGAGUAGUUGUGACUAAGCCUGUGAAACCUAAAAUAUUUACUAUCUGGCACUUCAGAGAAAAAAAUAUUUGUUGAUCCCUGCUCUAGGAUUUCUGAAGAGGGGGACUUUACUCUGUGAUGGAGGAAUCAAAAAAGGCUUAAAUGAAAGAAGUGGACAUGUUUUGGAGCUGAGAGGAUAGUCUUUCAGUGAAAUGAGGAGCUGGUCAAUGUUAUUUGAAUUUCAAAUAGAGGAGCAGACAUGCCACCCCCAGCAGGUGCCCCACUGCAUCCACCUCCUGAUGGAGGAUGGGGCUGGGUAGUGGUUGGAGCAUCUUUUAUCUCCAUUGGAUUUUCAUAUGCGUUCCCCAAAGCAGUCACGGUGUUCUUCAAAGAAAUUCAGCAAAUAUUCAACACUACCUACAGUGAGAUAGCCUGGAUAUCAUCCAUUAUGCUGGCUGUUAUGUAUGCAGGAGGUCCCAUAAGUAGUGUUCUGGUGAAUAAAUAUGGUAGCCGACCAGUAGUGAUGAUAGGAGGUUUAUUAUGCUGCUUGGGAAUGGUCACAGCCUCUUUUAGUACCAGCGUAAUAGAGCUCUACCUCACUGUGGGAUUCAUUACCGGUUUAGGUUUAGCGUUCAACCUGCAACCUGCCCUAACAAUCAUUGGCAAAUACUUCUACAAGAAACGACCCAUGGCUAAUGGCCUCGCCAUGGCAGGAAGUCCUGUUUUCUUAAGCACAUUGGCUCCUUUCAAUCAGUACCUUUUUAAUACUUUUGGCUGGAAAGGAAGCUUUUUGAUUUUAGGAGGCUUAUUGUUGAAUGCUUGUGUGGCUGGAUCCCUCAUGAGACCCGUUGAACCCAAACAAGCUAUGAAGAAGUCUAAAAAUAAGAUUGGCAUAAGAGAGAAUGACCCAGAUGUGAAGAAAAGCCAUAGGAAGAAAUCAAGAUGGGAAAGAGUUAAUAAGUAUUUAGAUUUCUCCCUUUUUAAGCAUAGGGGAUUUCUGAUAUACUUAUCUGGAAAUGUCAUUAUGUUUCUAGGGUUUUUUGCCCCCAUUAUAUUCUUGGCUCCAUAUGCCAAAGACAAGGGAAUUGAUGAGUAUUCUGCAGCUUUCUUGCUGUCUAUUAUGGCUUUUGUUGAUAUGUUUGCUAGACCUUGUGGAGGAAUCAUUGCAAACUCCAAAUUUAUCCGACCCCGAAUCCAGUACUUCUUCAGUUUUGCAGUCAUGUUUAAUGGAGUGUGUCAUCUCCUGUGCCCAUUGGCAGAGGACUACACAAGCCUGGUGUUGUAUGCUGUGUUUUUUGGUCUCGGAUUUGGGAGUGUUAGCAGUGUCCUCUUUGAAACGCUCAUGGACCUGGUUGGCCCUCAGAGGUUUUCCAGCGCUGUGGGACUCGUCACAGUGGUGGAGUGUUGCCCUGUUCUUCUUGGCCCUCCUCUUGCUGGUAAAUUGGUGGAUCAAACUGGACAAUAUAAAUACAUGUAUAUCGCCUGUGGAGCUAUUGUGUUCCUAUCAAGUGUGUGGCUACUUAUCGGCAAUGCUAUAAACUACAGAUUGCUUGCAAAGGAAAAGAAGCUGGGAGAAGCAAGGAAGAAGAAAAUGAGUUCGCCUGAGUCCAAAGAAUCUGAACCUUUGAACAAAUCUAAACAUCAUGAUGUCAGCAUCAAAAGUACAAGAACAGAGAAUAAUCCCUCAGAAAGAGAAACUAAUAUUUAAUAAGAAUCACAUCUCUGAUUUCAGUGUUUAUGACUUUCUUAGGAGUAUUUUUUUUUCAAAAUAUUGGAAAGGUUUUUACUUGAAAUGAGAAGUCAUAAUUAAGGAUGGAAGUGAGAUUUUCCUCAAUGGCAAAUUUUUAUAAGUUUGUUUUUUAAAACUUGUUUGGGUAGUUAAAAUUCGAGGUUAUGCCUAUAAAGAAUCCAUGCAAUGGGUUUAUUUCCAUACGUGACUCUGGUUGUGGUGGUUAGAGUAAUUGUAGAGUCUUCCAGUGACUUCUGGUCUUGGUUAUAGAGAUCUGAAUCCCAAAUCCCUGGUUUAAAUAGCGAGAAGGAAUAUGUUUAAUCAAAUAAGAAUACCCUGUCUAGAUUUUAGUUUUCAGUGUUAGAUGGAAUUGAAGGAAAAUGAAUUUUCUUAUAAUGUGCAUAUGCACACAUACACACUCACCUGUAUUUACACACAUGCACACAGAGUAUCUAGAGGACAAAAGACAAAUAAGUUCAGAAAGAAUAUUAUCACUAUACUUUUUUUUUAACUUUAAAAACAAAUCCGUGGAGAGUGAAGAAAUGUAUUAGGUCUGCAUACUACUUUGUAGUGUAGAUUUUAAAUAUAAGAACAUGGGUGAAAUGAAGAUGAUCUUAAUUUGAAAACGCAACUAACUGCUGUAAAAACUAAAAGUAUUUGCAUAUAUAAAAUAAAUUUGAAAAAAAAACAACCCUCCAUUUUAAACCAUUAUUUCUGACUACUGUUAAAUUUGAUGAAUCCAUGCACGUAGUUUCUUUGAGGAUGGCCAUUAGUACUUGGUGCUAGAGAAUAGAACCCUCAAACAAUUUUCAGAAUUCUUACUUAAUAUAUAAAUCAAAUUAAAAGCCUAAAUGAUUCUUAGCAAUGAGCUACGUUCAUUAAUUUUAAAAGGAUUCUAGUUGCUAAGCCAGAAAGUAAUAAGCAGGGAUUUCUUUUAAUCAGAACUCAAUCCAGACUCCCUGUCAUAGACUUCAGAAUGGAAUCUACCAGAAACCUGGUUGACAGACUGACAAAUAGGCCAAAUUCUAAUUUUUCCCAGUCACGUAGCAGUGAUCAGAGAGUUACUGUUAUGAGUGACCCAUCUGAAUAAAGCUGACUAAGAGUGCGAGGUGCUUCUACUGAGGCCUCCAAGUUCUCCCAUUUUUAUCCCCUCGCCAAAAUGCAAAAGCGAAACAGAGAAACCCAAAUGGGCCUUUGACUCCACCACUGAGAUUCCUUACGUUGUGGGAAUGGCAGCUCUUCAAAAUCCCACCUACUCCCAGUCAGACUUUCUGCUGCCAGUGAACAUGACUAGGAGACUGUUAAAGGUUUCUAGAACUGGAAGCUGUAUGUUAGUUGGCAUAUACUUGUGAAGGGUAGGCAUAGUUUAUCAUACCAUAGUAAGAAGCUUGCAGCAUUGCGGGCUGGGUUAAUAUAGUGGUUUCUCAUUUUCAUAGCGAUGUUAAAACAUCUGAGAAUCUGAAUCACCCUUGAGUAUGGAAGCAUAUGACAGUUACUGUGCGCUCAGAACUAUAAAUACAAUUUAGAGUAAUAAAGUACUUCUAAACAAGGAAGAAUUUGUGCCUUAUGGCUAAUGCGAUAAGUAUAUUAAUAAAUCUAAAGUUUAAGCAUAUGAUUAAUAAAAAACAUUUAGUGCUUGAUUAUUGAAGUGAUGUUACUAUUAAGAUGUCAAAAUGAAUUUGCCAUUCUUUUUUUUUUUAAUUGCUGUAGAGGCAGGUGCUAUUCUUGUUUCUUAUAAGAGUGCACCUGGACACCAAGCUUUUGUGAUAGUUAAUGUUAGGGAUUUGAUUUGUAAAAUUUAUGCACUGGUUAAGCAUGGGGCUCAUAUUUAGGAAGCUAUAGAAAAUUCCACAUCUCAUUUAUCUUUUUUGCAGAUGAAGAGGUAUUUGUAUUUUUUAAAUAUUAAAUAAAACAACUUGUGCCAAUAUGAUAGGUAGAUAAAUCAGGCAAAAUGUGGCAGUGUUUGGCUGUCUUUAAUUUAGUUUUGCCCAGUCUUGAGUCUUGAAUGAGCUGCUUUCAUUUUAUUAGUGCUUUUGUAUUGAACUCUGAUUCAUCGUAAGAAAUGCAACAUGAUAAAUUGUGUAGUGGCUGUCCAAUAUUAAAGAUUUCCAAAAACUGUC